AUGGAGGCCCAUCUUCUGCAGCUGCCCCAAAGCAGCUGCCUGCUGGUGGCAGCCGCCCUGACUGCGUCUGCUCUGGAGACAGUGACCGACCUGGUGGCCCUCUGUGGACAGACGUGGCAGGGGGACCGGCUGCUGCUGCGCUCGCACUCCGCAUCACGCAGGUUCUACUUCGUGGCCGCCCCGGACACCAACUGCUGGCUCUGGGUGCAGCCGGCGACCCCUAGCGACAGGACCCGCUUCCAGUUCUGCUUCUUCCUGGUCUACAGCCUGAUCCCAGCUUCUCGGGCAUCCCCAGCGCCCAAAGCCAACGCGUGCCCAGCGUCGGGGGAUGCGUGCGCCCCAGGCUCCUACUUGCAGUUCUAUGAGAGUCCGCCGGAAGCUGCCCGACCCCUGAGCGCUUCUGUGUAUGGCCUGACUAUCCCUGUCUGGGUGGACUUCCUGGGCCUGCGCCUGGUCACCAGAGAUCGCCAGCCCCACGUGGACUUCGUGGGUGAAGUCACCUCUUUUCGGUUUGGUUCCUGUGGUCCCUACUUCCGAUGUCAGAAUGGCAGGUGCAUCUCCCCGAGCCUGGUGUGCGAUCUCUGGGGCAUGGACAACUGUGGCGACGGCAGUGACCAGGCUUCCUGGCCACCAGCCAACUGUGCAGGUCCUUCUCAGAUGCCCAGCCAGAAGCAGAAGGGAAGUACGGAUGACACCUCCAAGCCCCCAAGAGUCCCCCUCAGCUCUCAGGUCGGCAGGCCCCCUUGGGCUUGUGGCCGGGAGCAGCCCCCCAGCAGGCUGGGGCCCUGCGAAACAGGGUGCAGCUCUGGAAGGUCCGUGCUGGCCUCCUCACUGGCCUCACCUGGUGCUGCUGCUCUGCCUGCUGGCUGGCCUGGUGCCCUGGUGCCCAUGGCUUCUGCCUUAGCUGCACUACUUGUCGCGCAUGUCCUGGCCAGGUGGCCCCAGGGGGGCUGCAGCCGAUUGGCACUAAAGAGCUUUUGCUACCCAGAGGAGGGUGGCAAAGCCCACUGCGACGCCCUGUGCUCCCAGUGGCUGGUGCGGACCCAGGCUGUACGCCGAGACUGGCUCUUGUAG